AUGGCGAAGAUUUACAAAGAUACCAGAGUCGACCUGCGACCGUUCUCACCGACCACAGUCGCCAACAUUCAGAUUUCUCCCGAGAGUGCGAUACGCCGGACACGCUUUUCGAUCUCAUCAGGUUCCGACCACCACGAAACUCCCGUCGCGAAGGAUGAAGAUGAAUUCGCCAGAAAAUAUCUAGCGACACAAGGGACAGUCUAUUUCCGCAAGCGCAAGACGUAUCCGCGAACAUUCCUUUGGCGAGUUGUCAAUGACAACAAAGUGUUGGAGAUUCAAUGCGCAGACCUUACCAAGGCCGGCUCAGAGAAGUUCGAAUACAAUGUGACACUGCGAUUGAAUUUCCCGGAACAGAUUAUCCCAUCAGGUGUUGCGCUGGCCGACCAUGAGGACCAUGAGAUUCUCAGUGUGUUUGUGAUUACAGCCUCGAAACAACUCCACACAUUGUCUCUCCGGCCGGAGUUCUUCAGAAGAAUCGAUUCAAUCGAUGAAAAUGUGUCAGACUGGUGCAAGUCGAGCGUUCCGGCGCCUUUGUCUUUCUCUAAUCCUCAUCGACUCCAUGCGAGCAGCCCACUCGAGCUGUUCAUCUCUCUCGAUAACGGCGCACUUCUACGACUUACCCGAAGAGCUGGGGACGACGGCUCCCAUUGGACCCCUCUGACAUUCGAUGAACGAACAUGGGGUGCUUCGAUCCGUGGCCUCGUGAAAUGGAAUGCACCCUCCUCACUUCGACACAAUGGGCGCAACAUCGACUUGAAUGCCGCCAAUGCGAUUGCCACGACAUCCGACGAGACCUACGUUUUUGCUAUCUGUUUGAACCACACAUUGAAGAUCUGGAAUCUGGCAACAAACAAGUUGGCAGCAACAAAGGACCUCCUGGGUCGCCCGAUGGAUCCGGAUACCAUACCCUAUACCCUGAACCCCGCCGAGACAUCGUUCAUCCGAGUGUUCAAUGCUGAGCGAGCUCUUGAUGGAAGCCAUCGCUUCUACGUGGUAACAUACUCACCAUUCGAAGAUGGGCGCUUUAAGUUUUGGGCUGUGAAGGGAGGUCUUACAUCGGAUCUGGUCAUUGAAGAUCUCUUUGCAGAUGCUGUUUUCCGACCAGUGGACCCAGAUGUGACUGGCAACAUGUUUUGGAGCAUUGCAGACUUCCAAGUGAAGCCUAUGGAUGAAGGCAAGGGAAUGGAGCUUUGGGUGCUUUGGAGAAACCAUGGUCUGUACCAGCUGUAUACCCUCCACUUCGAUCUUCAGACAAUGGUACAAGAUUGGGAAAGGAAUUGGGUCUCAACGGCAUUUGAAGCACAUCGACAAGAACCAUUGCCCGCGGCAACCUUGGAUGACGUGGUUGAUCCGACCGAGAAAUGGCUUGAAUACCUUUUGCAUCCGAACCGCUACCAGCCUGAAGUCCUCGAGACCGCCCUGGCUAUCUACCAAGAAGCCCUCAAGCCCCUAUCUUCUUCCUCAUCUGUGGUUCUGAAGAAGGAUAAGUCAUUGGCAGAGAGGCUGUGCUCUACCGUUGCGGCGACAGUUUCACUACGCAAGUAUGCUGAAGAUGAAAUGGGAUACAGCCGCUACCGCAACGACACAGAUGCCAAGUGGCGGCAGUUCUGGCAAGUUGCAGAUGACCUCAACAAGCGGAGGUUCGAGCCUGUAUCAUUGGCUUAUGAUUCAUACUUUGACAUGCCAUGGCUCCUUCUAUCUGACUCUUGUGCUGUUAUUCGUGAAUGCAACACCACGGAAUUACUUUUACACAACUCCGGAUCUGAACUCAGUGAGGAGAGGCCGAUUAUUGUGGAUCGCUGGAAGCACCGCAAUUUGAGUGCCGAGCUUGGAAACUUGUAUGAGCAAGCUUCUUCGUUAAUGAAGGUUGCCUCGGAUUUCAGGAAACGAUUCUCUGCAGAACUUGACGCGGCUUGUCAGGCUGCCCUCGAUGUCGAGAUCUACAACGAGCCCUCAUCGUCUAUUACCGACCGCAUGGAUAGCUUCCGUGAGCGUUGUGAAUUUGCGGAUCAGAUUUCCAAUAGGACGUUUGAUGGCCUCGUUGCAGCUUUGAAUGAGAACCUGGACGCAGAGAACCUCUCCGGAGAGGUCUUCUACGCUAUCAUCGACACACUCCCUCUUGGAUUUAAUGGAAAGGACUCAGAACUUCUGUCGACAUUCUUUGGGGCGCGAGUACUCGUUAGUGGUGCUUUAGAGACAAUUCUUCUCAAUCACCGGAUGCUCUUUGAUCUUUUAAUCCUUGUCGCGUUUGUAGACAGUGAGAUUGAGCAGGGCGCAGCUUCUACAUUUGACGCCGCAGGAUUGUUCUCCACUCUCACCGAUCUUCUCAAAGAAUAUGAAAUGAUGCGCUGGCUCAGCUCCAAUGUUCGGAAAUGCGCCGAUCGACCUGCGAAUACAAAGUCCGACGCCUCAACGCCGAUAUUCUCCUUGAAAGACGCCCAGUCCAAGGUCAAGAACCAGAAGACAGCGACGAUUCUUGAGGAUCUAUUUGUCACGGAUAUCAAGCCGCGUCAAGCGAUUGGAUUGCCCCAGAGCUAUACUCUCUGUCUGGGCAUCCGUGAUGUCUUGGCCUGGGUCACCCGCCCAGGCGAAGUGGCUUACCCAAACGCUUUGGCAUACAUUCAGUGCGAUCUCAUUGCAAAGAACAACAUUGACCUGGCAUGGGAUUUCCUUCGAUUCCAACCCAGUACAUCAUGGGCUACUUAUGUUAAGGGACGUCUGCAUGUAGCGAUGUCAGAGUUUGACAUGGCCGCAAUUUACUUCCGAAAGGCAGCAUACUUGCUUUCGUGUGGCAAGCCCCUGGGCAAUCUGCAUGAGAUGUCGUCUACAUUACUGGACCUCGUCUCUGUCAACUCCUUCCAUAACGGUAUUCCAAAGUACUACCAACAUAUCCUUUCCGUGUUCGAGAAAGUGCGAUCAUUCUCACACGUCGCGGACUUUGCCAGCCUGGCGCUGCAGGCUCUCGAUUCUGAAGCAUUGGCUGAGCAGGACCCUGAGUACGCCAUUAUGCGCACGGACCUGCUAUCCCGAUUAUUCCAUGCAUCUCUCAAGACUUGCCAAUUCGAUCAGGCUUACUCUGCCCUGGCUCGUUACCAGGACCUUGCUCUCCAGAGAUCAGCUCUCAGCUCACUCAUCUCCAACAUCCUCACCGUCUCUGGGCCUGGAGCUACAGGUCUCAAGCAAAUUCUCCGUUUUCCCACCUCCCUCGUGCCCAACAUCGCUUCUCACAUCGACGAUAUUCUCGUCUCCCUUGCUCGCAAACAAAGUUCCUUCAAUUCAUGGCUGGACGUUGAAAACAAUGAAUCCGACAACGCACCGGACUAUCACCGCAUCUUGCAAGCUUAUCGUAUUGCCCGCUGCGACUACCGUGGUGCUGCUGAGAUAGCAUACCGCAAUGUCCAGCGUCUUCGCCAUGCCCGAGAUGCACCAUCAUCCGCUCUUACCCUCAAAUCGAAGGAAGUCGAAGAAUAUGUGGUUCCCGAAGACGAUCCCGAGAGCAAGGAGAUCCGACACGAACUCCUGUCCUUGAUCAAUCUUCUGGCCUCAGUUGAUAAGAGCGAGGCUUACAUUCUCGUUGAGACUGGCCCACUUCCAUCUUCUGGUUCUGUUGGUGACUCAUCGCAUGCCCGCCCUCGCAGCUCCCACACUGACGAGGACGGUAACGUCUUCAUGGAAGAUGCAGAGAUGGAAUCCCCUACAGCCUCCCAUAGACGUCGGUCGUCCAAUGCUUCCUUCGCAUCUUCAGGCCGCCGAGGUAGCCGUUCGUCCAUCAGCCUUGGACACAGCGGGGUCUUAUUCAAAUCAAUUACUGAACAACCUCAACAACGCGUAAUUGUUACACUCGAGCACUUGCGUCGCGAAUACCAAUCCGAAUUAGAUCGCGUCAGUCGCAUCGAGCGCGGUGACUGGGAGUUCGGUCUUUUGGACGACGAGGAGGAAGAAUUUGAUAACGAUGAAACGAUGGUUCUCUAG